CGGUGCGCGGGGGCGCGGGAGGCGGCCGAUCGGAGGGUCCGCCCCGGGUCCGCCCCGCGAGGUGCGGGCUCCGCCUCCACGGCCUGCCGGUCGGGGAGUCCCGGAGCAGCUGCUUCCGGGCUCGGCGGCUGCCGGCGGCUCUAAGAGGCCGCGGGCCCGACGCGGGGCCCGGGAGGGGUCGCGGCGCAGACUGCCCCGACCCCGGCCCCCCCCACGCAGGCCUGCGCCUUGCUUCGACCCCCGGAAUCUCCGCGGACAUCUACGGCCUGACCUUGUGGGGUCCGCGUCUCCGCUGCGUUUUGAGGGCCGGUCGGGACGUUUUGUAGAAUCGGUGGCCCCCUAAAUCAGGGGACAGCGCUGCCGACCGGGCCUCACAAGACACCCAAACGAAGAAUUCUUAUUCCAGACCUCCCCCGGGACAGCGGAUCUGCACCCCGCCUGUUCUGGAGUGCCCGGCCCCGGGGCCACCCUCCUGCCUGCCUGCCUUCUUGAAUGGAGCACCGCCUCCUGAGUGUCUGGGGCACCUUGGGAAGUGGCCUUGGUGAGUGAGACUUGGGGUGCUGCCUGCUGGGACGAAACCUGGAAGGACACUGUGGGGUGACCCAGGCCUUGUCAGAUCCCCAGACACUUGGAAUCUUAUGUGUGGGAGAGCUGGGGGGUGAAUAAAUCUGGCAGGGGAUCCCCGUCUUACCCUGGGAACUGAAAAGGAAACGGCUGCCGGCCACUGUAGAACCAUCACUGUGGGAAGACACUUCGGAACCCAGGCGUCACCAAGUAGGCACCUGUUCAGUGCUGAACAGACUCUAGCUUUGCUGGAGACUCCUUCAGGAUCCCGGAGUCUAAGCUGUACCAGGAAGGGUCCCAGAGUCUGGGGGCUCUUAACACCCCAAAUAUGUUCCUGCGCCGGCUUGGUGGCUGGAUUCCUCGGCCCUGGGGUCGCCGGAAGCCAGCAAGACCUGAGCUGCUGACCCCCGAUCCCAGCCGGGUGGACAGCUCUCCUGAGAAUUCCGGGAGUGAGUGGGACAGUGCCCCAGAAAGCCUGGGAGAUGUGGGGCUUCCCAAGCCCAAGGACUCCGGGGCACGGAGGCGCCCAGGGGUGGCUUCAGAGCCAAGGAGGGAAUCCCAAGUUGAGCAGCUGGGGAGCAGAAGAAUGGAUUCCCGUCAGCGGGACAAGACUGUCUCUGGCACUCAAGAGCUUGGGAGACUAGAAGAGAAAGGAACCUCCAAACUCGGAUGGGAUCCUGUGGAUGCUGGUGACAUCAGGAGGCCUGGAGAGUCCCCUGAAGGAGGACUGAGCGGCCCUGAGCCUGAACCCCUUGUGGAGAAGCCUGGCCGGCGUCAGAAGCUGCUGGGCUGGCUGCGGGCGGGAGCUGGUGGCGGAGCCACUGCGGCCUCGCAGUACCUAGGGAGCCGCGAGGAGAGCUUGCAGAUCUCCACCAACCUCACCCUGCACUUGCUGGAACUGCUGGGCGCAGCCCUGCUGGCACUGUGCUCCCGGCCCCUGCGGGUGAUCUUGGAUGCCCUGGGCCUGCGAGGACCCCUGGGUCUCUGGUUGCACGGGCUGCUCUCCUUCCUGGCCGCCCUGCAUGGGCUCCACGCCGUGCUCAGCCUCCUUACUGAGCAUCCCCUGCACUUUGCGUGCCUCUUUGGUCUUCUCCAGGCCCUGGUGCUGGCUGUCAGCCUCCGGGAGCCCAGUGUGGAUGAAGAAGCCUCUGACUGGGAGGGUGAGAAGCUGGGAAGGGAGGGUGAGGAGCAGCUGGGGGACUCAGGGAAGGAACUGUGACUUGGGUUGGCGGGGGGGUGGGGUGUAUCCCAUGGUCCCUCCAUCAUGAAGUAGGGGCAAGGGUGAAGAUUGUGGCCUUUAGGACAAGAGUUGGGGGCAUGACCCAGACUGUAAGCACAGAGACCUCAGGGAUCAGGAAGAAACCCCAGUAUGGGGCCACCAGCUCCUGCUCCCCACAUAGGAGAGCACUGUUUAAGGUGUUGGUGGGGGUGGGGAAUCACUCUUCAGUUCACCAGCUGUUAGUACUUUUUGCUUUUACCUUUCUCCCACCUCUAGUUGUUGUUGUUUUUUUCCAUUUUCAUUUUUUCGGGGGUGGGGGGUUGGGGGCCACACCCAGCGGUGCUCGGGAGCUACUCCAGCUCUGUGCUCCCAGCACCCAGGAACGAUGUCAUGCUGGGGAUUGAAAUGGGGUCGGCUGCAUGCAAGGCAAGCACCUUAACCUCUGUAUUAUUUCUGGCUCUUCAACUUCACUUUUUAAAACCAAAAAAAAAAAAAGUGUGGCGAUGGAGGA